CUUCACACCGCGCAGCCUUAUUUAGGUCGUUUUGUAUUGAAAGCGCCACACAUCGAAGUCCUCCCAGAUGGCCGUUCCAUGCUCAAUAUCACAACAUCCCAACCGUCCUAGUUUGCACGCCCGCAUUCCUUUUCGCAACUUGGCAAACCAUUACACGUCAACUCCAUUAGCGCCGCAAUUACAUUGCAACAAACUGCGCAAAUCCGGAGGGCAAUGGCCACGACCUGCACCCCACCACCAGCAAAGUUACUCCUACAGCACGCUUACAAGAAAUGCGCACUUGUUUCUAUCAGCUCUGCCACCGAAUAGUCCUGGCGGCCCCGGCACAUCAGUCAACAAAGGCUUCUCCCUCCUAGAAUGGACCAAUGGCAUGCUGCCGCAGGGUCAACUGGUUAGCGGCGUGCAGGCGGGUUGGCGGCUGACAUGGCAGGCCAUGGUGCGCGAGCUGGCGCCGCAGAGCCGCGGCGGCGCCUACAGCCGCCCGCAGUACUCCUUCAGCGGGGUGGUGGGGCAGCCGGGCUGGCCGUCUGAGUCGGCUCGCUACCACCUCUACCUGGGUAACGCCUGCCCCUGGUGCCACCGGGUGGCUGUAGCGGCGGUGCUGCGGGGGGCGUUCCGGGAGGCGCGGACGCAGCAGCAGCAGCAGCAGCAGGGGGUAGAGAACGGGCAGGUGGAGGGAGCGGGAGGUGCGGUAGCGGCAGCAGCAGCAGGGGAAGGAGGAAGGGCGGCGGCGCAGCAGCGGAACGUGCCGGGCCUGCAGCAGCGGCAGCAGCAGCAGAGGCGCAUGCAUGUGGGGCUGACUUGGCUGGAGGAUGACCCCACACGGGCCCGGCGGGGCGGCUGGGUGCUUGGGGCGCGGGAUCCGGACCCGGUGUUUGGAGCUAGGGACUUGUGGGAGGUGUACGACAGGUGUCAGCCCGGGUUCCGGGGCCGCUGUACGGCACCCCUGCUGGUGGACACCGUACGGCAGGCGGCGGUGUGCAACGAGAG